AUGUCAAAUCGCGCCGCUGGCGGGCUGGCGCUCUUUGCAGCACUCGCGCUGUUUUCGCUGUACACGCUCUGGGCCAUCGUUCUCCCGUUGUUGCCGAAUGACUUGGCAAUACACGCAUACGUGCCCGAUCGCAGGUGGGCCGUUACCGCUCCCUCGCUCGUCCUAGCAGUCGGACUCGGCACAGUUGGCAUCUACAUCGGAGCACUACUGCGCAAGGACGCGCUGCAGGAUCUUCAGACUCAACGAGAAACGGGCAAAUAG